AACCCACUGCAUCGUGAAAACAGUUUUUGUUGAGUUUGAUCAUCGAGUGAAAGUUGCAGCGAGGCGUCUUCUCACGGUGGAUCAAGAUCGACUCUCCAUAUAAGCAAGUUGCGAGGAAGGCCUGAAGCUAUCCGGACGAGGAGAUCUCAAGGCAUCCCUCUGGAUCCGGUAGGAGCACACUCGCGGGGUGAUGAGAUCGACACGUUGUGGAGGUUAAGGUGGCAGUCGCUGAAGAAGUGGCGAAGGUGGUGAAAAUCGGUGUCGGGAGCGGUCGAUCCGGGCAGCGGUAGUGGUGGCGGAACGGCAGGGGUACUAUGGGAGCGGGGGUAUGGGGGGCGGAGGAGGGCUACAAGCCACGGACCUCCGGCGAAGGCUCGAGUCCCGGUGUUCAGGAAGCACUUUUCCCCAGAGUGUUCGUUCCAUAAGGCACGAUGGCUGUUGCGCAGCCGAAAGAACCUCGUCUGGUCAGGAAGAAAGCAGGAUCGACUCGCAAACGACACUCGCUUCCGGUCAACCGACGUGUACAAGUUCGCUGUCGUGUAGACGGCAGGAGAACGAGGAUGAACAGACGGAGAAUGAACAGAAGAACAGAAGUUCGAGGUGUUCGUCGAACAAUGAAAACGGUGUAAUCGACUCGUUGUACGGAAAACUACGGCUAUCCGUUGCAAGAUUCUUCGGGACGGCUGUCGAGGAGGACGAAGAGGGCAACGGGAAGAGGCAUCGGCUUCGACGGUGUCGCAGGGACUUCCGGUGGAUCGCGGACGUGGCGACGGGGACCUUGCUCCUCGGUAUCGUGCUUUUCAUCACGCCAGGUUUCUGCCACCAGGACGCGGUGCACAUUACGGCAAUCCUGGGGGAGAGCGUUGUCUUCAACUGUCACGUAGAGUUCCCCGGUGAGCACCCAGUGCCCUACGUUCUCCAAUGGGAGAAGAAGGGGCAGGAGAUACCGAUAUACAUAUGGUACGAGUCGUACCCGACCCACAGUGGCGAGGGUUACGAAGGUCGAGUCUCGAGGGUGAGCCCGAAUUCGCCGUACGGAGUGGCGAGUCUCAACCUAACCGACAUCCGUGAAAGCGAUCAAGGAUGGUACGAGUGCAAGGUCGUCUUCCUCAACAGGUCGCCAAAUAGUCACAAAAACGGUACCUGGUUCCACCUGGAUGUUCAUGCGCCACCGAAAUUCAGCAUAACGCCGGAGGAAGUAAUCUACGUGAACGUAGGCGACGGGAUAAUAUUGAACUGCCAAGCGGAAGGUACUCCGACGCCGGAGAUCCUGUGGUACAAGGAUGCGAAUCCCGUGGAACCGUCGUCUAUCAUCGGGAUAUUCAACGACGGUACAGAGCUCAGGAUCUCGAAUAUCAAGGACGAAGACAUCGGAGACUACACGUGCAUCGCGAGAAACGGAGAGGGUCAGAUCAGUCACACGGCUCGCGUCAUGAUCGCUGGUGGAGCGGUGAUCACGGGACGGCCACAGAACCAAACGAAGCAGGAGGGCGAAAAAGUGCAAUUCUCUUGCGAGGCGAAGGCUCUUCCCGGUAACGUGACUGUGCGAUGGUUCCGCGAGGGUGCUCCGGUUACGGAAGUCUCGGAUUUGAACACGAGAGUAUCCAUCAAAGCGGACGGCAGCCUCGUCAUCAAUCCUGUCAGCGCCGACGACUCUGGCCAGUACCUCUGCGAAGUGACGAACGGCAUCGGUGAUCCUCAGAGUGCCAGUGCUUAUCUCAACGUGGAAUAUUCAGCCAAGGUGACGUUCACGCCGUCGAUUCAGUACCUGCCGUUCCGUUCGGCCGGCGUGGUCCAGUGUUACAUAAAAGCGAACCCACCCCUUCAGUACGUGACCUGGUCGAAGGACAAGCGACUGCUCGAGCCUUAUCAGACUAAAGAAAUCGUUGUGAUGAACAAUGGCUCCCUGCUGUUUACACGGGUCAAUGAGAAGCAUCAGGGCGUGUACACCUGCACGCCUUACAACGCGCAGGGCACGCACGGUAGUUCCGGCCCGAUGCAAGUCCUAGUACGGAAUCCGCCUGUGUUCACCGUCGAGCCGGAACCGGUCUAUCAGAAGAAGAUCGGCGAAACCGUCGAGAUGUAUUGCGAAGCUCAAGAGGCCGAAGGCACGCAGAAACCCACGAUACAAUGGCAUCGGAGAGACGGCGCGCCGAUACAACGUAAUCGAGCCAAGAUCGUCGGCGGCAAUUUAACGAUCGAGAGCCUUCGACGUUCCGACUUUGGUUUCUAUCAAUGCGUCGCGUCCAACGAGGUGGCUACCAUAUCCGCUUCGACGCAGCUGAUCGUCGAGGGCGCUCAACCUCACGCGCCUUACAACGUGUCCGCGACAGCCACCGAAUUCUCGGUCACGUUGACUUGGUUGCCGGGUUAUUCCGGCGGACCCGAUUACAAACAAGAUUACACCAUUUGGUACAGAGAGUCGGGCACGUCGGAAUGGAAAACGAUUCCGGUGACCCCGUCCGGUAGCACAACGGUGACGAUCAACAGCCUGACGCCAGGUACGCUGUACGAGUUCCAAGUGAUCGGCAAGAACGCUCUGAGCGAUGGCAUGUUGAGCAAAGUCAUUACCGUCAGGACGCUUGACGUGGCACUGACGAACUCGGCAACACCAUCCUCGAGUGCGGGUCAAGCUGCAGCCACGGAUCAAAACGGAUCAAAGCCAGGUCCUCCUAGGAAUCUCACGGUGACGGAAGUCAACAACGGUUUUCUGAUCACCUGGCAACCUCCUCUGGAACGUAGUCACCUGAUCCAUCACUACAACAUCCAAUACAAGACGGACGGACCCUGGAAAACGCUCAACAAGGGACAAAUCCGACCCGAGGAAACCAGCUAUUUGGUGAAGAAUCUGGUCGGUGGUAGGACCUACUAUUUCCAAGUGUACGCCAACUCGAUCUCGGAGAAGAAUUACGGGGUCAGCGAGCAGGUGAAAUUUCCGGUGCCUGCUCGAGUGAAGCACAAGGCGAUCACCGCGGGCGUCGUCGGUGGUAUACUCUUCUUCAUCGUCGCGAUCAUCCUGAGCAUAUGCGCGGUGAAGAUUUGCAAUAAGCGGAAAAGACGAAAACAGGAAAAAGAACUGCUUUCAGCGUAUAGUAUGGUGGCCUGCCGGGUCACCGACGCCAGGAACGGCGCAGGGCAGGGGCCCCAAGGAACAGUGCCUUUGAAAAAACCUAGAAAAAGCCGAGUACCAGGUCUGAAUCUCCUGCGGGAGAUCCUGAGUCCGGACACCCCGGACUCGUGCCGCGGCCGACCGCUGGGUAAGAUCUCUCGUACGGCCGACGGUCGUUUCGUGGUGGCGGACUCGGUGCUCAGCUCGGCGAACAACAGCAUCCUGGACGCGUCGAGCAGCGACGACGGUGGAUUCCUUCCGAAGCAGCGGCUCAAGUCGUCUUGGCGACGGCCGUUGGUCGGCACCAGCCAGCUAAGUCUCCGAUCGGACGGCAGCGGCGUCUCCAUCGGAGGACUGCCGUCCAUCCACCAUCAUCACCACGGGACGGUGAACUCGUUAGCCAGGAUCGCGCCAGCGAUCUGCACGAUCUCGUCGCCCAGGUUUCUGGCCAGUUCACCGAGCGGUCAGCAAGUGCCCUGGACGCCGUUGUACUUCAGCGAUCUCAGCUCGGUCAGACAGCCAUCUUCCGGAGAACGUUCCUUCCCGACGCCGCCGGAUUACCUGCAGCUGCGAAGCGUGCACCAGCGAUACAGCCAAGAGUUGCCCUCGUUGAAGGCGAUUCACGCCGAAUCGAGGCGGUUCGUGCCGGUCCAACCGUUGGCAACCUCGUCGCCGCCGCAACCGGCCGCAGACCGNGGCAGACCGAGGGCCAGGCUACCUCCGAGGCACGCCAGGCACGCCAGGUCCGCCCCGGAGCUGGCAGCGUCUCCUGAUCUGGAGACGUCGCCGGAGAGCAGAUCGAGCAGCUCGGGCUUCGGCAGCAAGAACACCUCGCAACAGAAUCAGAGCUCGAGGAGCGGUAGCACGGUAGCCGAGUGGAGGCCGCCGCCUUACAGACCGCCGCCCCCUCCGUUGGUCGGACGGUGGCUCGAGCUCCAGGAUCAGGCCAAGGUCGCCCACACGCACAUCCCGAACGCCGUGGACGCAGGCAGCGUGGACGGCCACUACGAGUUCGACCCCGUCUCGUGCACGCCUACCCCGACGUCCGCUUCUACGCCGACCAGGGAGGAGAGGCCACCGGUGCACCAGAUACACACCAUUCACGUACCGCAUAUUCACCAGGUGCACACGGUUCAUCAUCAGACGCCGAGGUACAGCAGGGACAACAUCGAAGCCAGGGUGCAAGCGAUGAAGGCCGAGUUCCAUCAGUUUCGACAACGGCAAGCGAGGAGGAGACAGAGCGCGCACCUCGAGAGCGCCUGUUGACGGCACUGUUCGAUUUUAGACUACUUUUUAGGUUGCGUCGUUCGGUUUCGAAUAUUAGUUCCGAUCAGCGGACACGUCGAGAAAUAAAACGGCCGGCUGUGACGAAAGCGAACGCGAUUUAGACCAACUGUUCAAGCACAACGAGGAUCAUCGUACGCGAAUCCAGUGUAGGCAACUUCAAGUCAAUUCUAUAUACGCUGGGCAACCAUCUACGAACAAAGAAGGCUGUUACAAGCGUCAGCUCAGGAUACAUAAAUUUCGCCAACGCGGCCGCGCCGACGCGCGGUUUAAAUUCGUUCUCUACGGUAAGAAGACGAGGGAGGAUCCGACUUAGAACGGUUCGGACGAUUUUCGAGGAGACCGCGAAACGCCGUGGACGAAUUCGAGCGGCGAGAACCUUCGGGAUAUCGAGAGAGAGUAAUCGAGCAUCAAGAGGAACGACGAACGAACAGGUUCCAGAGAAGAAUGUCAAGACACGACGGCAUGAUACUCCAAAGAAACUGUACCGUGCUUCGUAUAUCUUUUAAACGACACGUAAGAUUAACCUUAAUCGUACACUGUAAGUAAUAAUGCAAACAGCAAGAUACACGUACACGAACACACGCAUACACGCGUUCGACCGACAACGGAAACGAAGCGAAGAGUAAAGACGACCGAAUCACCGCCAUAUAUACACGCGUACAAACACAUACAUACACACACGAGAAACUUAAAAAGAAAGAAAAAAAAAAACGCAAAAAAGAAUUAAUUAUUAUCGACGAGCAACGGACUCGAAACGUGAUAUUAGGCCGAAGCUUGCCUGGAGAUUGCUUAAGGACUCACUCGUACUGCACUGCCUGUUUAGGGUUUCGCUAGCGACCCAACAUAUUAUCGGCACAAUAAUUUUUCUUAAGCAACGUAAACGAGAUUAAGUAAGGUUCUUUGAAACGACACGCGCGGCCAAUGCCAGGCGUUGCGUGCGCGCGCGUGCACGACCCUCUUCGCGGGGCUCGAAAACGACUGCCGCGCUCUGCCGAGGUUCUUCCAUUUUACACCGAUCGCCGCGAAUCUUCGCCGUUUUUGCGAACUGCCAUCGCGACGGAUCCCGGGACGCCUCGAUUCGGGAAGAGGUACGGCCCGAAACCGCGAAGCGUGCACGCGCGCGCGAGCGUCGCUCGUGAUCGACCGUGAUCCGUGCACCGGUAACGAGAAAUGUUACGCACGCGUACACAAGUUAUACAUAAAAAGAAAAAACAAGUCACAUCGACACGAUACACGUGUAAAUUUCGAAACGUUUGCGUGCGCGAGCGAAAGAGAUAUAUUUUGAAUGGAAGAGCGAACGAUGCGAGAAUGGAAACAAAAGACACGCGCGUACACGCGAGAGAGGCGUUCUUCGAGACCCACCUAAUUCUUCACCAAAACGCGUUCUGUGUACGAGAAAUCAUGUUCGAGUCGAGGUUCGAGGCUCGUGUACGGCCCACAGAGUGUUCGAGGAUACAAAUCAACGGGCUAAUUGUUCGAGUAAAUCGCGACCUAAACGUAUCGCUGAUACUUUUCUCACGAAUACCGUACCGCGAGACUAUUCGAAUCGAAAGCAACAUCCCUUCUUAUUUCCGUUUCUUUUCUCUUAUUUUUUUUAUCCCGAUCCUUCUUCUCAUCGUUAUCCGUUCUGUUGCGUUUUAUCGACUGUUGCACGAGACAGCGAAUCGAAUACUCUCGGGCCGUCUCGGCGUUUUAAUUUUCCCCCCUUUUAUAUCUUCUUUUCUUUAAUUAUGUUUGAUAGUACAAACACUUAUUUAUACUGUACCACAUAUUCUAUACAUACCUGUAUCGUUAUAAAUAUAUUAGCGAGGGCCCUACUCACGAUUCAACUAUACUUUCUUCGACGAAACCGUGAAACACCGACGAGUGCAAACGACGCGGAUAUAUGCUGUCGAGGCAGAAGGACUCUCUGUUGUAUAAUUUUCGUUGAAAUGUAUUUGAAUGAGAGACUGUGUGGGUGUAUACGAAAGAGCAAUAGAAAUCGCGGAACGAGCAACGAGGAAGAAUGAACGCUUGUAUGAGUGACGAGCGAUAUGCGACAGCCGCUUCGACGAUGAACGGAACGGACGAAAUAUUUUGCGAUCUUUCUAAUAUUCGAAGAAAACGAACAAACACGUUCUACGUAUGUACAUUCCGAGAUACGAAUCCAUCUUGAACUCGUACGCGGGUAAUGGGCUAUCAAGGUACUCGUUUAAGCUUUAAUUCUUUUGCCUACGGAACGUGGAUCCGAAACGGUUUUGUGAUAUUUUCGCGAGGAUAGAAGAAAAAGUUGUUAAAAGAUACGUAAAAAGGGAUAUCUGGAUAUUCCGUUGCCCGAGCAACGAAACGUUCUCGUCUUAGUUUCGUCGAAAUCGAAUCUUGCGACGAAUAAAAAAAGAAUGUUCGCGAUUCGAAAAAGGAUCGACUCGAAUACGCGUUUAUACGAACUUUUCCCAGUGUCUUCGUGUCCGCCGUCCAUCGUCGAAACGCGCGUAAUCGACGUUCAAAUAGGAUACGAUGAUAAACAACAGGAAAUAUGUAAGAAUACAAGAAUCCGGUAGAAAAAUUCGUAUCAAGAACGAGAGAGCAAGGGAGAGAGAGAAAGUGAUGGGAACGAAUCGGCGAAAGAGAGGAUAAAAAAUGGAGGUGACGCGAAAGAGUACCAAUAUUCUAAAGUAAUUCUAAUGAUUGAAUUAAUAAUUUGAUAAUUAAUUGAUAUUGUACAUCGUAAACGACGUAGCGUGUAGUGUAUUAAUCAACGAGAACGACGAACGCGGUGACGACUAAUUCGUUAAAUUAAUUACCCCGUUAAUCAUCCGUGGGAUCGCGAGAGGUGGAAGAGAAAUACACGAGGGGCAUUCGUGAUCGGGCCACGCCGUAAUUCUCGAUCGGUCGUUGCCGUUGUAUCAUAGUAAUCGAAUUAAAGGCGCGUCUCGAUCAAGCCCGUAUCACGAUCUACGCGGUAGCUUUGUGUCUCGUCGAACGUUCAACGUCGAUAACGUUAAUCGGUCGGUAAUCUCUCUUUUUUGUACGUCGAACGGUACUUUGAUCGAUCUCAAUUAUACAAAGCGCUCCCUUCGCGUCGAACUCGAAGACAGUUCACGAUUCUACCGCGUAGAGAAUCUAACGAUGUAAACAUGAACAUGGCAAAAAUGGAAAAAAGGGAAAGGUUGAUCGAUCGUCUUCGUGGAUCGACGUUUUCUCCUUGACCCAUGGUGAUGCAGAAUUCCAAGAAACGAAUAAAAACUAUGUUCUUCCUUUA